CUAGCUGGGCCACUCCUUCCCUGCUGCAUUGGUGGUCCUUGCUCUUUCCUGACUGGCUGUCCUAACCCAUGCUAAGCCUGAUGAUCAGUGUAGCCUCAGCAGUGCCACCUGUCAGUGUCAGUGUCCAUCAGUGCUUUACGUCAGUGCUCAUCAGUGCCUCGUGCCAGUGCCCAUCAGUGCCACAUCAGUGCCACAUAUCCGUGCAUACCAGUGCACAUCAAUGCCACAUAUCAGUGCCCAUCUGAGCUGCUUUUCAGUGUCAUCCAUCAGCGCCAGUCAGUGCAGCCUAUCAAUGCCAGUCAGUGCCACCUAUCAGUGUGCAUCAGUGCCGCCUAUCAGUGCAAGUCAGUG